UGUUUUUUCAGCUCUUUCCUCUUAACACUUUUUAACGAGUUCCCAUUUUAUAGAAUCCGUGAUUUUUGUAAUUACAAAAGGACAAUUGUUUCGAAGACUAACAGAAGUUGAGGAGAAGAAAAGGGAAGAUCAUUCCAGGUUACACUUUUUCGCUUCUUCUUCUUCAAGUUUGUUCUCCAGUAAGAAGAAAAAAAAACGGUUUCGAGGUGGAACAGGGACCGAUAUUCUUCAGUCACGUCCCCUCUUUCUCCCAGACUACUCUCGAAGAGCACAGAGAACAGCGGUUACUUACGAUUCUACAGUCAACCUCUGGACAUCCACCUGUGAGGACGGAGGUGUUCGACCCCACGACAUCCGGUGCGGUGACAUGAACGGUGUUUAAGAAACUCGUGUGCCCUCGUUUUAAUCCUGCUCCUUCGUUUAACCGUGUUUUUCGAUCGAUUAAUGUAACCGAUUGAUCAAUCGGACCGAGAAAAGGAUUCAAACACAAAGUGUUAACAGACACACACGGUUCUCCUCACGAUGUCCAGGUACCUCGGUCUGAUUCUCCUUAUCACGAUGUGCGGCCACGUGUACGGCAGCAAAAGGUGCGAGGGGAGUGGUUUAGGCUUGAAGUACGUAUGGGGAGACGCUUUAUCCGAUCCGGCAGACUGUGUAGGACCAAACAACAUGCAGUAUCCGUCAGCCGCGAUCUCGAGGAGUUACAAGAACCUGUGGGCAACCAGUCGAACCGCAAGAGCUCAUCAGCCACGAACAAUUGAUCCUGAAUUGACGAGGCAGGCGCUUCUGCAUAAUUACAAGGUCGCUCGUGGUGACUACUCGAUCGCUGAAUCCUCGCGGAACGGACGCGCAUUCACCCCGAAAGAAAGCUGCGGUUCGCCAGCCAGAUUAUGUAAAACUAGGUACAACACCACGGCGCCGAUGUACGGGGUCAGCUUAACCAGUGGACAGCCGGUGACCAUCGUGCAAAAGUUUCCUGACCUUCUGCAGCAGGUCGUGUUCGAGGUUUGCGAGUCGAAAGAGUGCGACGUGGUCCACGGCGAGUGCACGCAGACCUACGUACCAUACCUGUUUCUUGUGAUUCCUCUCGGACCAGUGACCUUGACCGGUCAAGAUUACGUUCUGGUGGAGAGCGGUUGCGUCUGCAAGCCGAGAAAUUCGGCGAGCUCCUCGUCGGAGUCCGCAGCCGUUCCAAGCUUCUAA